AUCGAUUUGAAACACUGUCAUAUCACCAAAAAACAUGUCUCUCAAAUGCUGUCAGAAAAUGUCACACAUUUGUUGCCGUCUUAUCAUAAGAAUCGAACUAAAUUGGUUGCCUGGGUUGUUUCAAAUGGUCGUCCAACAAAUAAUCCCAAUCAGUAUGCGAAUGCUCUUGAACUAUUUGUGCCGGCAAUUGUUCAAAGUCGAAGCAAGAUCUUCUUUGAUUUGAUCGAUCCCUACUUCCACUCAAGGCGACGACCUCUUGAUUUACAAAAUACUGGAAUGGAACCGAUCGUUUUGGGUGCCUACAAGGAGGACUACGAGAGUGUUCUUCCACCUCAUUCCUACAUCAACGUGGAUGACUUGGACUCUAUUCAGGAACUUGCUGAGUACCUUCAGUUCUUGGACAAGAAUGACACUGCUUACGCACAAUAUUUUGCUUGGACAAAACAUGGCCCAAUUAUCGUAAAUUCCGAUUCACCUAGGAUGAUUAUUUGUUGCAUGAAACUGGUUGCUGUAAUUCAUUUUCAAUUGUGUUUAAGAUUGUGA